UGCAAUGGCAGACAAAUGACAAAAUGAAAUUCAAGUUGUGCAUUUUUCAAAGUUUUUAAUAUUGUUGCAUGAUUAAAUACAUGUGUGAAAAGCACACGAGUCUUCUAAAUGUCUCUAAAAUCAGACGGACACGCUGUGUCGCGGCGAAAAGCCCUGAAGGUCGCCGUAGCAGCACUUUGUUCUGAAACUGGAUUUGGUCAUGCAGAAAAUGCAGCACUGGAAACUUUGACAGAAAUGCUUCAAAGCUUUUUAUCUGAACUUGGUCGCAGCGCUAGAGGAUUUACUGAAUUGUCAGGUCGCACUGAAUCGAUGCUUAGUGAUGUUGUCAUGGCACUUAUUGAGAUGGGUGUUAAUGUACAGUCUAUACCUGCUUAUGCAAAAAGGCCCAACAAAACGGUCUUUAUUCCUCCUCCACUCAGCACAGCAGUACCCAACCCAAGAACACUACAAACAGCUGAGAAGAAACCACACCCAUCACAUAUUCCAGAUUAUCUUCCAGUGUUUCCCGAUCCUCACACCUACAUCAAAACACUGACCCACAAGGAACCACUAAAUGAGUAUCAACAUGUGCGGGAGAAAGCAGCUUCACAAAAACGUGACGUAGAGAGAGCUCUGACCCGCUUCAUUGCCAAGACUGGAGAAACACAGAGCCUUUUUAAAGAUGAUGUCAAUGCCUAUCCAUUAAUAGCGGUCAAGCCUGUUGCACUUCCAUACCUCGAUGCACUCCUGCCGAAGGAUCAAGAUCUUGAUGCUCAAGAACCAAAGGAUUUGGAGGAACCUGUUACAAAACGUCCAAAGGAAUCCUCUUUGCAAGGUCUAGAAUCCAGGACUUUACAAGACUCCCAGAAUGGUGGUUCUGAUCUUCAGUUAUCUCAGACCUUACCGGCUCAGGAUUCCAUAGACUCGGAUGCAAUAGACAAUCCCUACUUAAGACCAGUUCGAAUGCCAAAGAAAAGAAGAAGAUAAAAAGUUUCAUGUGUUAAUUCUUGUGGUGGAAUGAAAAGUCAAAUUCUGGUGCUGGUUAGCUAACAUUCUAACUGACAGUACAGUAAAUUUUCUGUUUUGUGAAUGGAGUAACUGAAAAUGUCAAAAAGCAUUUAAAAUAUUACUCCUUUUCAAGCAUUAGUUCAAACUAGAAAAUAAUAUAAGAAUUUUUUGUGAUUUAUCGAUGUACAACAGUCACAAAUUGUAUUAAAUAAUGUAGCGUAGCGAAGCUGUUUUAUACUAAAUUUGUGACAGCUAUACUUAAUAAAUUCUCAAAAACUGGCAAA